AUGAAACCCCCCUCAAUCCGGAUCGUCGAAGUCAGCCCCCGCGACGGGCUCCAAAACAUCCCCUCCGCAAUCCCAACGGCCGAAAAAAUCGACCUCAUCCGCCGUCUCGCCCAAUGCGGCCUGACAUCUAUCGAGCUCACCUCCGUGGUCUCCCCGCGCGCCGUGCCGCAGCUCGCAGACUGCCGCGAAAUCCUCGACCACGAGACCGUGCGCCGUCUCGCCGCCGCCGCAGACACGACGAUGCGGCUCCCCGUGCUCGUGCCGAACGCGAAGGGGCUCGAGAUCGCGCUGCAGCACGGCGCGCAGGAGGUGGCGGUUUUCGUAUCGGCCACGGAGGGAUUCAGCCGUGCGAACACGAACUGCUCCGUGCGCGAGGGGAUCGAGAGAGCGAGAUGCAUUGCGCGGAAGGCUGGGGGGGUUGGAGUUUGUGUUCGAGGGUACAUCUCGUGCAUCUUCACCGACCCGUUCUCCUCCGCAGCAACCACCCCACCAUCCGCCGUCCUCCACUGCACCAAAGAACUCCUCUCCAUGGGCUGCUACGAAAUCAGCCUCGGCGAUACCCUUGGAACCGCCACGCCCGGCCAAGUCCGCUCGUUGCUCGCGUACCUCUCGCUCCAUGGGAUCCCGAUGGCCCGGCUCGCCGGCCACUUCCACGAUACGUAUGGCCGGGGACUCGCGAACGUCUGGGAGGCCUAUCGGUGCGGGAUCCGCGUGUUCGAUAGCAGUGUUGCGGGGCUGGGGGGGUGUCCGUUUGCGCCGGGGGCGGCGGGGAAUGUCGCGACGGAGGAUGUCGUGGAGAUGUUUUGUCGGGAGGGGAUUGAGACGGGCGUGGAUUGGGGGCGGUUGUUGGAGACGAGGGCGUGGGUGGAGGGGACUUUGUUGCGGAGGAUAUGA